CUAUCUUAGUCGACGUACGUCUGUAGCUUAGCACGCCUUCCAACAUUAAUACCACCCAAAAUAUCCGUUCCCCCCUUGUGUGUGCAUGGAAAUCCUGUCCAGUAAAAAGCGUGUGAGGGCUAGGAAGGGAGCUCCAUUUGUCGGUCCAACCCACCAUUCACAUCGCUGUCGCCGCGUUGCAUGAGCGGAUCGAACAAGAAGUCCAACCGGUGUGAAUCGUAUGUGCCCCGUUUGCUUUCGCUGCGAGCUCCGCUGGCAAUCUACCGUUGUGAGUCAGGCAGGCUCCACGACCAAUUUGAGGAUUUUCAGGGGAGUCUCCUGGACUUGUUUACUUCUGUUAUCACUGGAGUGCUUUUGGCCAGAAUUAGUCUGCGGUGAUUUUUUCGUAAAAAUCAGAAUCCACAGUCAAUAUUUUAGCCCAUUAUGAUGCAGCAUUUUAACGGCUAUAAUCCCGCCACUUUGGGCGCCAUGGGCGCCAUGUAUAGCAUGCAUCAGCAGGCUUUGCAACUACAUCCAGGCUAUCGACCCUCAACGCACGCUCUCUCAUUGGCUGAGCGACUGGCAGACAUAAUUCUUGAGGCCCGCUAUGGUGCCCACAGAAAGCAACGGCGCAGCCGCACUGCGUUCACCAACCAGCAGUUAGCCGCACUGGAGAAAACAUUUGCUAAGACACAUUACCCAGAUGUAGUGAUGAGAGAGAGACUCGCAAUGUGCACUAAUCUGCCUGAGGCGAGAAUACAGGUCUGGUUCAAGAACAGACGAGCAAAGUUCCGAAAACAACAGCGAAACAAGGCCAUUGCGGAGAGGGACGCAGACGGGAAAGAAGCGGGCGAAGAUAACGACGAUGAGAGAGAGACGGAGGAGGUAAGCAGAGGUGCCGUAUCACCCCAUACAGACCUUGAUGAACACCAUGACAAUGCCAGAGAUCACGCAGAGGAAGAUCUCCAUUCCGAGGACGACGGUGAGGGGGACGAAGAUUCAGGUGAGGCUGAGGCUGAUGAGUCCUCUAGCGAGAGGUAUACUUCAGCCGAACAGCACCUCACUGUAGAUGGCCCCCGUGAGGCACCAUCCUCGCCCCUUCGAGACUUUGAGAACAACAACACGAAGAAGCUGGCUGGUACCACAGUGGUCCCCUGCGCCGCCUUGGAGGCUAGACGCAGGGACAGCCCACAGGUCAUCUUGAGAAGCGACGAGGGGACCAAGAAUUACGAUCGGGAAAGGAAACAGGAGGUGGUGCAGGAGAAGGAACCCUAUGAGAGGGCCUCUCCCGGGGCAUCACCUUUGAUACCAAUGUCUGAAGAUACACCAAAAUCCAUUCCUUCGCCUCUCAGACCAUCCGUAUCCAUCACGACAAUGCAAAAUCCCCUCAGCGGCUUCCUUGGCACUCCACACACAACGACCACUUUCCCAGAUGCCAUGGGCUUCCCACACUUCCGAGGAGCAGGUCAAUUUGGUGCAUUCGACCCCAGUUCUGCAGCCCUGCUGGCCCGGCCCGGCAUGCCACCGGCCUUUGGACACUUCUCCGCCCUCUCCGGCGACCGACAGUCCGCCAAUGCUGCUGCAGCUCUCUCUGGAUUCUAUUCUCCCCACAUGGCCGGCUUCGCAGCCACAUGGUCUCCGGCACACUUACUGCCCCACAUCUCUCCAAACGGAGUGUCAGCAGCACUGGCCAUGCCGCACAAUAUGCAAAGUAGCAGCAUUGAGAAUCUGCGUAUUAGAGCUAAGCAACAUGCAGCCGCAUUGGGUGUCAACAUUGGCGACUGAUGAACCCGCUAGGGAUGAACAACAACCAAAUUUUUAUUUUUAAACUACUGAAGUGGCAAUUGCCGACCAAACUUUUAGUUGCACAAAAUACGCUUAGAUGAUAAUUUACAAAUGGCUUUAAUGUGUAUUCAAAAUUGCCCCUUUUUCAAAUGUAACGAAUUAAUGUCCUCUCAACAUAUUGCAAUCGCUCACCUAUAUUUGUUAUUAUGUAUAUGAGAAAAUCCAGAUUUCCAGUAUGUCAAAAAUAUUAUUUUUCCUCAGGUUUCUCCUACAAACCCAAAAGAAGUUGCAUGCAUCCUGUAUAAAUAAUUAUGUAACUAUGCCGCCAAAACAAAAUUACGUAAACAAACCGACGAUAAUCAGAAGACAAUGCAGCUGAUGUGCGUUCUGCGUGAUCUGGGACUCUACCUAAAGUGGUAUUAGCUAUUGGGUUGGCACAAGAAUUAAUCCUUUAUAAACAGCUGUUUUGUAUGAUCGUAUUUUGGUGUCAAACAUACUUAAACUUCAGUCACUCAUCUUUAAAUAAAAUAAAGUAAGGACAACGAAACCAUCGACAGAGAGUAAGCGGUUUGUGUUUGAAUUAAUACAGUAUGUAUAAUUUUAACAGAAUUCAAAAAUAAAACAAUCAGUUUCUUUUAGUAUGAUUUUAAAAGUCUUUCCAAAGGUAACGCAGUGCCGCAAUAUUAAGAACUUGACUGUUAACUGUUAAGGUAAACAAAAGGUUUAGAACAUUUUAUGUGUAUACUUCGGCGGUUGUGUUACAUAUUACUUAGGUGUAAAUAUUUAGUAUGCUUAAUGCAGUGUAACAAUGGUUCACUCAGGUGAAGCAUAGUGGUUUAAAAUGCAAACGGGUUUGAUAAUAACCUGCAGUGAUACAGUUACAAACAAGAAAUUCUUCAUCAGAUUCAUUUUUGGUCACAAUAGCUCCAAUAAAAUAGCAAAAUAAUUCAAAAACUAGAAUUAAUAUUUUGACAUUAUUCAUGAAACUAACAGCAUUUAACUUGGCGUAAAGUGAUUAACCUGUACGUGUACAUACUAUUUCCUCCCACUGAUAAACUUCGUUACAAAUAGAUGUUCUAUUGCAUAAACAAAAAAAUGACCAAUUGGCUUUUUGGUUUCGUCAGCGAAAAACAAAUCUCUUCAGCCUAUUCAUACCUGUAAACAGGGGCAUGACCAAAAAGAGUGCAAAGCUUUGACCGGGGGCAUAGUUUUCAGCAAUAUCAAAGUGACAUCCAUUGUAAACAGGAUUCAAAUCUAAGGUAUUUUUACACAAUUUUUUUAUAUCAAUCUCCUUUUCUCCUUUCGUUGUCUCGUCUUUUCCUCUUUAUUUGUAUUUUUUUCCAUGGGGCAAGCGCCCCUUUGCCUCCUAUAUCGGUUUUGACACGGUUAAAUUCACCUUAAACCAACAGAACUGAGAGAUCCAUUAUGCUGAUAAUUGUGAAUUUAAUAUUUUGCUUUUGAUUUAAAAGCUGAAACAAGGUUCUUGGUGUGUAUUCCCUUCUGGUAAUACUGCAUAGCAACGACAUAAUAUGUCUUACUGCGUUUUUUACUUCUGACUAGCAUUUGUAGAGAAAAUACUUUUGAGUAAGAAUUUUAUUUUUAAAGGUUUUUUGUGAAAUAAAUUCUGCGAAAUAGUGGGCUUAUCUAUUUGAAAUUGCGAUGAUUAAGAUUACGGGCUAUUUAAGCAAAGAUUUUCCUAAAUAUGAGUUUUGCAAUUGUUAUCUUUCAAAACCUGUGUAUAUUAACAGAGAUCUGACUAAUUAAACUAUUCUCCAGAGACAACAAUAAUAAUAUUGGCAUUGAAUGACGUAAUAUAUUAAAGUAAUUAUAAGCCUUGGUAUCAAACUCUUCUUAUUUAAUCAAUUCAGCAAUUAUAUUGUUUCAAUUAGUAAUUUCUUUUUUCACUCUAAAAAAACGAUAGGAUUCAAAUAUACGUUCAUAAUCUA